UACAUCCCAAUUCACAAGGCAAAGAAAGAUACAUAAAAAAGAGAGCAAGUGAGAAAGAGAGCAAAAAUGGAGUUGAACAAGAAAGCAAUAAUGAAAUUAGCUUUGUUGCUUUUCCUCUUAGGCUUCACCGCAACUGUCGAAGCUCGUUUCGACCGAGCAUCAUUCAUAACUCAGGUGCUCUCCAAUGGUGAUACCACUUACGAUCUCAAAUCGACAACCGCAGCUUGCUGUAAUAACUGCCCUUGCACAAAAUCAAUCCCUCCUCAGUGUCAAUGCACUGAUAUUGGAAAAACAUGUCACUCAGCUUGCAAAACUUGCAUCUGCACAAGAUCUUUUCCUCCACAGUGUCGUUGUCUUGAUGUAAAUGACUUCUGCUAUGAUAAAUGUGGCUACUGAUCCAAAGGUGGAUUUCAUCAAGUUUCAGUAACUAAGUAAUUCAUAUGCAUGUGAUGAGACAAAGUCCUUUAGGCUUUGUUUUUUUGUGUAUGGAAAUUAUGAAUAAAUUAUGGAAUAAAGUUACUGCUUGAUUUUACAGUUUGUUUUUUACAAACUGUAGGGUCAAAGUGUUUGUUUUA